UCUCAUGGCACUCCGUAGUGUGUGCGUCCGUGGGCGGAGAACAAUCAGGCUGGACUACGACGGCAAUGUGAACACUGAAGUUUGAGAGAUAAAGGCCGGAUCAUGAGACGUUUAUUCUUGCAGUUGCUUGUGCCAAAGCUCUAUUGGUUGCCUCUAUCUUCAUCAUUAUGGCCAAGGCCAACUUGUCCAACACGUGAUUUAGGUAGGCAGUUGGUUACGUAUAUUAAAAGCGUCUUCGCCCUGGCUAGGUUGAUUGUUUUUAAGGUACCUUCUCGCUUUGUGGUCCCGCCCAAAUAUGAGAACUUAAUACGAAUCCGCCGCCAAAGGAGGCAGUGAGAACGAGGGAGAAUACUAGUAGUAUUCCUUGAAAAGGCUUUGCAAUAAUUUUCAGAUGUCUUUUAUUGAAAUUCAUGUGUUGCUGGCUGGUAUGUUGUAGAGA